AUGGACGCGACAGGGGACGGUGUCGCCAACUUGGCGACUUUCUGGAACAGAGAGGCGCGUCUCGCUUCCACAAAGUACCCUCAUGACCUGUCAACGAGCUCCCCUCUGGGUAUCAUUGUGCAGAAGCCUCUCGAACAACCGAGACGCCGUCUGGAGCUGACCAGUGACUCGCUGGCUGCUGCGGCCGAGGAAUUCAGCAAGCAAGACACGCUGCUGCUGGAGGCCAGUGCUGGCAAGGGCAAGGGGAGGGCUCAUGGCAAAAAGGAGACCACUGAGAACGAGGAGAUUGUGCCCAGUGACAGUGUCUCUGCCGAUGGCGCUAAUUGUAUUGAAGCUGAUGAUCCCGCCUGGAAGGGUACGCCGUCUGCGUCCACGGGCGGCCUCUGGACGCGGCGGGCUAUGCAUCUCUUCCCUUCCGAGACCGACUUUCGUCACUGCGUCAAGGGAUGGCUUGCCACAAUUCACAAGACAAACCCCCUGAGUGAGGAAGAGUUCCAGACGUGGGUGGCAUACGAUACCGUGCCGGACUCUGUGACGACGCAGCUGCUGCCUCCGCCCCAGGCCCCCGAGACGCGGCUCGAUCCGGAGUCAACUGGUGACAAGGACCUGGACGAGCGGGCUGCCACGCAGACCGCCAACACGUCUUGUGGUCUUCCGAGCAAGGGCAUUGCCAUCCGUGCGUCUGAUCCCGAUCCUCCAAAGCGAGCGCCAUCGGUCGAGCGUGAGACACGGUUUGUGCACGUGUCUCAGCAGCCCAUUCAAGAUGUCGGUGCCGGCAAACAAACGGUGACGGUUCAGAAGAUAAAGCCCACCGUCACCUUUGAGACUGGCAAGCAAGUCAAGGUCCCUGUGACCCCAUCUACGCAGAAGAUUGAGCCCCAGGCCCAACUGCAGACCAAAAAUCAACCCCCGCCUCAGCCUCAAGCCCACGCCGAGCGCCAUGAGCCUAAGCCUGUGCCUGAGCUCUCUUCUGCUACCGGCGAGCCUUUUCCCUCGAUGUACGCGCAGAUUGUGGCGUCCGGUGACCGACACAUCGAAGGCAUACGGGAUGUUUAUAAUGAAGAGGUUACGAACGGUGCCCAGGGGCUCGGGUGUAAUCCGGCCACCUCGGAAGACAUUCGCCGGCUUUACAAGGCGAGUCUGAAUACCAAGUCUCCCUCCCUUGUGGCACUCCUCAACGACAAGGACAACGAACAAGUCAUCGGCUUUGCUAUUGUUCACCCGCGCCCGGGUGUGGGCUUUGGCGAGGCGGCGACUACGCUCUGUGCGGAGUGCAACGUUUUCGUGUUGCCCAAGUAUCGCAACCGGGGUCUUGGCCAAGAGCUUCUGCGCAGAGUUCUGGCGAAGACUAUCGACGUUUCGACGUUCGGGCCACUGCCAGCGCCUCACUAUAUCUACAUGACUGUUGCAUGCGGCAGCGGAGACGGGCUGGCGGAGAAGAAAUACAUUGCAUCGUUGACCACAAAGUUUGGCUUCGAGUACUUUGGCAAACCGGUCGAGACCAUCAAGUGGUCCGGCAAGGGACCGUAUGCCGUGAAGCACAUGGUAUUUUACCGUCGUUGCAUGCCCACGCCGACCAGCGAAGCCAUCUUGGGCGGUGCUGUCCAGAACAUUGGGCUGUCCGGCAACGGACAUACGCAACAACAGGCCAAGGUGCAGGGUGUUGUGCAGGCUGAUAUGCAGCCGAUCACGCAGCCCCUUGCCCAGCAAGUCGUUCCGCCGACCGCGCAUGCUGUGGGAUCGCUAAUGUCCGCUCCGAUUGCCGGGAUGAAGUACAACUUGGCGCACGGCAAAGAGUCCAUCUCCCGCAACCGGUUCCACGAACAGCUCCUGCAAGACUUGGUCUCGGUUCCCGCGGCGGCCUCCUCGAACACGACCUUGUCAGGGUUGAAGAACAGCAACCGGGUGCCUUCUGCCAACAACAUUAAGACACCGGCUGACACGGAAUUCUGGUAG